AUGAGUCUUGCUAGAGUAUACAUCACCGCAUUCCUAUUGAUCUUCGGAACGUUCUGCAACACAGAAACUACCGGACGCAAAAAGAUCAAGAUGAAUGACUCGGACAGCGUCGACCGUUCCGUUUCCGACGAUGUUCCGAAUGAUACCGAGAGCGCGGAGCAAGAGCAAGACAGCGUCGAAAAGAUCAUGCCAAUUUUACCGCCGAUAAUACUUCUGGAUUUCGAUAACAGCACGACCUCGGGCGAUAACGCGACCGCCGACGAGAAGUCGAAGCGCACCGUCAACAACCACUUCGGUUAUGGCUUCGACCGGAACGCCCUGCACGCCUCGCGGAAAUACAAUUAUUAUUUUCCCGCCGGGAAAACCGGAACCUCCGUGUCCAUAGAGGAAUCCAUCAGUCCAUUUCUGCCGAGGACUAUAAUCGAAAAAGUACCAUCGUCGAGCAAUCGGAAACCGGUCCCCGAUUCUUACACGGAUCUGAGAUCCCAGCCCGGGUCGUACGAAAUUCGAGAUUCGACCAGAUCGAAUUUCCAGAAUCCAACGAGCUAUCAGUAUUAUAAUCCUGCGGCGAUAUCCCAGCCUGUAUUCGGGCUGCGAACGAAAUUGAUGAAGACGUCCGACCCUGAGCGAUAUCUGAGCUUCUCUUCAACCACAAGACCUCCCGUCGAGACGUACUCGAACGUGGAUUAUCGAGGCGGCGCAUAUGCGUCCACCACACCGCAGUCUUUGGUGCCGAAUUCCGCGGAAACGGAGGCGGGUUACGUCACUCCGAGCCCGCAAAGUUACACCACCUUCAGUUCAAAUCGAUACGUUUACGUCACACCAAAUCCGCCAUCGUAUGCCGAAGUAAAUUCUCAGAGAUACUUGGGACAGCAUGCGAUAAACGUGCAGGGUUACACGGCGCAAAGCUCGGUGGAAUCCUCGACAGUUAAUCCCAUCGACACCGCUGCUUUCCUAGAAAACAUCGGCGUUCAAUCAAAGGCGAAUUCUCGCGAUUAUAUUCGACCUACUUUGAAUACGGUGGAAUCUUCGACCUCCGCACCCGGCGAUGCAUCCAGCUACGCGGAGAACGCCGGAUCGUUCGCUAAUAUGCCCAGAUACACAGUGGAGGAUGGCGUCAGAUAUGAAAACAAGAUAUUCUGGAAGUAUCCGGACGGCCGAUUAUCCGAUACGCCGCCCAUGACGUAUGAAACUUACUCCGAUUACCCGUCGCUGGAAGCGUUACAAGCUGCCAGGUCUCAGGACGCGUCGCAGAUUGACGAGUCCGUUUCCGCGAAGAACGGCGUGUUGUCGCAAGGUCCAAUGCAGUUUCCGAUAUCACCGGAACCCAGCGGUCCUCCGACCCCGUUCAUAUCGGCCGAGACCUUGUCUAGACCGUCGCAGCAGCAGGCAUAUCGCUUGGGCUAUCAGAAUCUCGUUGGUCAGAAGCAGAUCGUUUCGCAGCAGGCAAGAACCGGCAACGGACUCUCCUCCACGUAUUCGACAACCUCUUCGCCGUUGAGAAGUUCCAUCAAGUCAAAUGGGCAGAAUCAGAAGUAUCGGUACGAAACAUCGAGGCGACCGAUCUCGAAAUACAUGGUGAGCAGCCCGAAUCCGGAGUACAUCGAUUCUUACACCACGGAGAGCGCUCCGAGAAGCACGACGCCCAGCAGAGGUUUUAUAUCAUCGACUCGCAAAAACUCAGCCAAGAAAACUAACGCGAGCGGCAAGAAUCUGGAUAAUUAUUCAAAUCUGCAGUACGGAGACCUAUUGAAUUACAAUCCGUCGAUUUCGCAGUACAUCAAGAAUCCCGCGUCCAUUCUCAACGUGCGGCCGACUUUUGUGCAAGCCGGAAACUCUCUCAUACCCGUAAUUAUUCUAAGAGUAGACGGCGUAUCGCCUAUUCAAUCCAAUGCCACGCCAAACGUGAACUUGAAGGCCCUUUUGCAACAGUAUCUUGUUCAGUAUGCCAGAAGUAUUGAAGAAUUGGCGCAACCGACCAAUUUUGAUUUUGGCAGGAAUCAAAUCCCAAAAGAACAACCUUCAUUCUCCACGAGUCCGCUGCAACAAUUGGCACAAUUAAUACAAAAUAAUAAUGCUCAAGAUCUGGUCGGUAAUCCUACGGAAUCUUACGUCGGCAGAUCGAGUUACGAGGCAAGCAAUUUGGAUGUCGAGAAAAGUCUCUCGAGCGUGAAAUACGGCGAACGCACAGCAAUCCGGCCGAAAGUGAAGAGCGUACAGAUCGUGGAGGAUCCGAGGUUAAAAAAUCAUAGAAUUAAGAACUGA